AUGGUGGAGGUAGCUCUUGACAUUGCCAAACAAUGGCAAUGGAGCGAACAGCUUGCAAAAAUGCUCGUCGCUGACUUGAAAGAGUAUCACAAAUGCUCUGGAGUAUUUUCCGGAGGGCAAGCUGAUGCACUUGAUUGGUGGGAAACCCUCCCAGUCAGUGCCGAGCGCUGUCCGUUGAAGGCAUUCGCAAUCAUAAUCCACUCAAUUGUACCUCAUGCUGCCGAUGUCGAGCAUUAUUUCUCAGGCCUGGGUGGGGUACAAUCUGUGAAGCGCUGUAACCUAUCAGUUCAGACUUUCGAGUCUCAUAGCAAACUCCGAGCAAGCUACUCAAAUUUCUUGCACAAGGUGGAUCACGAAGCCGGCAAGCCAACAUGUCGCAAACAUGCCCAUAUGCACACCCAACCAGAGCGUGGACUUGACAUAGCCUUAGCGAACGAACUUCAAAGGUCUUUCGCAUGGGUGCCUCCACUCGCUGGUGACUCUUGCAACUCGGAUGAUGAAUUUCUUGCAGGUCCAGAGUCGAUAAAGGAUGAAGAGCUGCUUGAAGAAUUCAGCAGGUUCGAAAAUGAGAUGCUGGAUUCAUGCCGUGGCUUGCAAGAGCUUGAAGGUACUUGUGAAGUCCCAGAUAUUUUCGAGGAAGGUGUUAUUGAUUGGAACGAGCUGGAGAAGGUUAAUAAAGGAAUCACACUUGCGGCAUUUAUUGAAGAGAUUGAUGUGGUUGGCCAUGGGUCACAAGGCACAGAGGCAGUCUGGAACAUCGACACACUGUUGUUGUCGGAGGGUGUAGCAUCCAUGCAAUAG